AUGGAACUUCUCUCCACCUGGAAGAGGCUCAUUCCAAACUUCAAGUGUGACAGCAGGAACAAUGCAGUUGCAGUCAUUGGGGGACCUGACUCAAAUGUCUGCCGCCAUAUGGCCCCCAUCCUAGGUAUCUACAAGAUUCCACAGCUCAUGUAUGGUUCUUCUCCAGUGCUGGAUAACAAGCAUCAGGAAGCUUUUGUCCAACAGAUGUUUCCAAACUGGACCCAUCAGUACAAAGGGAUUCUUCACUUACUUCUGUAUUUCAGCUGGACAUGGAUUGGGGUGCUUUAUAUUGAUGAUGAGAAUGGGGAAAGGUUUGUGCAGAAUGUCCUUCCCUUUUUUUCUCAGAGUGGCAUCUGCUUUGAUUUUAUUCAAAGACUCCCCAAACACAGUUUUUCUACUGAAACCUUUAAACUUGUAUCAAGGGGGAUUGAAACAUACAAGGUAACUGAGCGAAACACCUACAAUGUCUUGUUCACACAUGGUGAACUACAGACAAUGCUAGUUUUAAGAGUAUUGAUAGCAUUUUCAGAAUAUGAUGGAUCAAUUAAGUCUGAAAGUAAAAUUUGGAUCAUGACAGCCCAGAUGGACUUCACAUCCCUCCCUUUUCAAAGGAAUUCAGACAUAAACUUCAUCCACGGUGCUCUUUCGUUGGCAAUUCCCUCUGAGGAGAUAUUGGGAUUCCACACAUUUCUUCAGAGCAGAAAACCUAGCUCAGAAAAAGAAGAUGGCUUUCUCCAGCUAUUUUGGGAAAGUGUAUUUGGAUGUUCCUUUUCUACUCCAAACUUGAAAGAUAUAUCUGAGAGUACCUGCACUGGGGAGGAAAAACUGGAGACUCUCCCUGGGUAUGUUUUUGAAAUGAGGAUGACUGCCCACAACUACAGUAUCUACAAUGCAGUCCAUGCUGUGGCACAUGCCUUGCACUUUGUGCAGUCAAUGAAUUCCAAACAACACACAUUGUCAAAACAGCAGAAGCUUCUCAAUCAACAUUCAAGUGAGUUGCAUCACUUUCUAAGAAAAGUUUCAUUUAACAACAGUGCUGGAGAAAAUAUUUAUUUUGACAGAAAUGGUGAAAGAAUAGCUGCAUUUGAUAUUAUCAACUGGGUGACAUUUCCAAACCAAUCUUUUCUUAGAGUCAAAGUUGGAAAGAUAGACCCCUAUGAGUCAUCAAAUACUUCAUUCACCAUCAAUGAGGAUAACAUUGUAUGGCCUAGGAGGUUCAAUCAGACCUGCCCCGUUUCAAUAUGCAAUGACAACUGCCUUGAAGGUUUCAGUAAGAGAAAAAAAGAAGGUCUACCAUUUUGCUGCUAUGAUUGCUUUCCUUGUCCAAAAGGGAAGAUAUCGAAUCAGAAGGAUAUGGUUGAUUGUGUUCAGUGCCCAGAAGGACAAUUUCCAAACCAUGACCAAGACGGAUGUCUUGUGAAAGAAAUCAUCUUUCUGUCAUAUCAAGAACCUUUAGGAAUUAGUUUGGCCAUUCUUGCUCUCUUCCUUUUUUUAAUCACAGCUUUGGUGCUUGGAAUUUUCAUGAAGAACCAAGACACUCCCAUUGUCAAAGCCAACAACCGGGAUCUCACUUAUGCUCUCCUUAUUUCUCUCCUGCUCUCAUUCCUUUGUGUUUUACUGUUCAUUGGCCAGCCUGAGAAGGUGACGUGUCUUCUUCGACAAAGUGCUUUUGGCAUCAUCUUUACAAUUGCUGUCUCAUGUGUCUUGGCCAAAACUGUCAUUGUGGUUCUCGCUUUUAAAGCCACCAAGCCGAAUUCCAAAAUGAGGAAGUGGGUGGGGAAACCCCUCGCCAACUCCAUUGUUCUUUCCUGCUCUUUUGUUCAAACAAUUAUUUGUAUGAUAUGGUUGGUGACUGCUCCUCCAUUUCCAGAUUUUGACAUGCAUUCAUUACCUGAAGAAAUUAUACUAGAAUGUAAUGAAGGCUCCAAUGUAAUGUUUUACUGUGUCCUCAGCUUUAUGGGUUUAUUGGCUGUUGUAAGCUUCAUGGUAGCUUUUCUAGCCAGGACACUGCCUGAUACUUUUAAUGAAGCCAAGUUUAUCACCUUCAGCAUGCUAAUAUUCUGCACUGUUUGGUUAUCUUUUUUCCCAGCCUAUUUAAGUACCAAGGGGAAAUAUAUGGUGGCUGUGGAGAUCUUUGCCAUCUUGGCCUCCAAUGCUGGGCUACUGAUUUGUAUUUUUCUUCCCAAAAUCUAUAUCAUUUUGGUGAAACCUGAGUUAAAUAAUAGGGAACAGCUAAGAAUAAAACAUUAA